CUGGGUUUCGGCAAUGAUCCCAAGGGGAGUAGGGGGCGGGUUUGCACCCUCACCGGUGCGCAGCCCGCCAACAGGAUGGCCAGGCUCGCGGUGCCUUUUCAGGGGCACGGUUCCCCGCACCAGGGGCAGCAAAACGGUAGGAUGGACUGGGGACGCGCCGCAGGCACUGCAGAACGUAUCUGGAUUGAGAGUGGGAGGGAGCAGGAAAACGGGAGGAGGGGAGGAGAGACUAGCGGGGCCUGCGGCAGCAGCUCUAAAACACGCUCGCAGUAGCCUAGGCGACCAGAGUCGCACCGCUUGCGGUUGCCGAGAAGAACCAGAGGCCGAGUAGGCACCAGAGACGCGAGUGGGCACGUGAGAGAGAAGAACCAGAGGCCGAGUAGGCACCAGACACGCGAGUGGGCGCGUGAGAAAGGUGAAACGAGAAGCGAUGCGGCCAGAACGGCAGUCAAUCGUUCUUCCCGCUGCCACUGACUUCUCUCUGACGCGGCGUCCACAGCGCUGCGACAAAACUGCGCGCGGGCGCGGCACGAUGCGCGGACAUCGUUCCGGCGGGCCCCGCGCCACAUGUUCCACAGCCGCUGGGGAAGCCUCGCAUCAGAACGGAUGCGCUGGCAAGACUACUUGCGCAAAACUUGAUGCCAUACGAGGCAUGAGGAGGAGCCAACGGCGCAUGGUGCAAGAGAAAAAGAGGGCAUGGAUGAUGAGGAGACCAGGAAGGGGUAGCACCAUCAUCGACUGGUCUCCGAGCGCUCAUAAUUGUCAACGAGCCUCCAGGUUCAGGGAAUGAGGCAGCGCAGUUUGGCACUCCAGGGGAUUCACCCCACAAGCGCCAGCAAGGAGGAAAUGUGCAGCACUCAUCGCGCGGGCGGUGGCAACCGACACAUGAUACGAACACGGCCGAGCAAGAUCUGCCAAGCAACCUCAUGCAGCAAACAUUUGUGUCCAACCCUCCUGUGUUGGGUUCUCGUUUUGAAUAGAGCAGUGUGGUCUC